AUGAUACGCUGCGAGAGCUCAGCCCAGUCCGGAACCCACUACGAGAUCCUCUCCAUAAAAGAAGGCGCCACCUACGACGAAUUACGCUACGGCUACCGAUCUGCAAUCCUCAGCUCCCACCCCGACAAAUCGCAGCAGAACACCACGGAUUACUCUGCCACCGCCGACCGGAAAUUCCUCAGAGACCAGAGAGCAUGGGAGAUCCUGAGUGACUCCCGGUCGCGAGCGGCGUACGACAAUGAGCUCCUGGCGUCGAGACGGCGGCAGGACGCCAGCGUUUCGGGAGACAUCGAUUUGAAUGAUGUGGGGGUUACGGUGAUUGAGGAAAGAGGCGGCGGCGGCGUGGUGUUGGAGCUUUGUUAUAAUUGCCGGUGUGAGGAUUGUUUCUCGGUGGAUUCUUCGGAUUUGGAGAGGAUGGGAUACAAACUGGGAUCGAGAUUAUGUGUGAUUCGAGGACGGCCAAGAAGAUGCUUCGAAGCCAGCGGCAUCGUUGGUUGUUAUACCUUGUGGGUCUUGUUCUCUGCGAGUCCGGCUGACAAUUGA